UGGAUCCUGAUUGCUUCUUGGGUAUGUGUGACUCGGCCUCUGCAGCAACCGCACACACUGACAAACUCCAGGUCCUUUUGCUCGUCGAGGCGAUAAUAACGCAAAUGGGCCAAGUCCUCGGAUUCGGGAAACGCACUGUCGACAUCGAUCCAAACAACAUCAUGACCAUCGCCUUGUACAUAUCCAUCGGCGCCUCGAUAUCCUGCCUCGCAUCAACCUUCUCAAAGAUCUCUUUCGGCGUGACUCUCCUUCGCCUCACCUUCGGACCCAUCCGGUGGACAAUCUGGUUCAGCGUGAUCACACUUUUCCUGACCAUGUUGCCUUCUGCUCUUAUCACCUGGAUUCAGUGCACGCCUACGGCGAAAGCAUGGAACCCGAGCGUUGAAGGCCGUUGCUGGGACCCCCGUAUCACCGUCAACUACGGCAUAUUCAACGCCGCGUGGUGCGCCGCAGCCGACUUCUACCUCGCACUACUCCCCUGGACGCUCAUCUGGGGUCUGCAGAUGCGCACGCGCGAGAAAAUCGGCGUGGGCAUUGCCAUGAGUAUGGGUAUCUUAGCCGGAAUCUGCGCCAUAGUCAAAGGCGUAUACGUCAUUCAACUGCGAGAAGCCGACUUCUCCUACAACGGCAAAGACGUGACGAUCUGGACCGCUGUCGAAACUGCCGUCGCCAUCAUCGGCGCCUCGCUCCCCGUUCUACGCGUCUUCUUCCGCGAGAAGGUCUCAUCAUACAACCACAGCCAAUCUCGGGGGCGCUCUCACGCACAGAGCACGCUGAAGCAGACGUCGCUAAAGCGCAACCCCACCGCCGCAGGCUCGGCGCGCCGCAGUAUCGCGCUAGGUGCUCUGGGACCGGGCAGGGAGAAAGAGGGCGUGUGGACGCGGAUUGAACCGAUUGAUGAGCGGGAUGGCGGGCUGGAGAGGCCGAGUGAGGAAGAGAUCGGGGUCGCGGUCAGUGGGGAUGUGGGAUCCGAGGGGAUCUGGCAGACGACUACGAUUACCAGGGAGGUGGAGGGCAGCGGCAGGGCGGCAGAUAGUGCUGUAGGAACAAGCGGAAGUGGUCGGAGUGGAAGCGAUAGCGAAGACGAAGAUCGCAGAGGGAAGAGCUGGCUUACUUAGCAUGGGCAUAAUGUGUACGGCGUUUCAAGCGUAUAUAUCCAGGGAUGGCGUUUGCGGAUUGGGAGAUCAAUGUACAUGAACAAACAUCUUUUUCGGAAUCAACCGCAAGACCUGCGCUUUGAGGUUCACUUACACGGUUCUGAAGG